AUGCAUGACACUUUAGAUGCAGCGUUGUCAUCGGCCGUUCUUGCUGCUCGUCAUUUUUACAAUUCUCCUACUGAAAAUAAUGAGGCGACUUUGAACAAUGAACUUUCCACUCUUAUAUUAAUUACAUCAAAAAUCGACCCAACAGCGCGGUUAUCGGUGAAAAAUGUAAAUUUUAAUGAGUUACUUAAUUUUUCUACUACUUUAUUGGGAAGAAAAACAACAUCGGCAGUUACGCGUUCACGGCUUAUACUUUUUCUUUUCAAUCUAGUCUUUUAUAAUGUGCCAAUUCGGAAAUACUUAGCUGGAGAAUCAAUUCAGUUAUGUGGAUAUAUAUUUGAUGUUUUAAAAAUUUCUUUAUUAAAUCAACUCGGUCCACAGAAUCUUAUAGAUAUUUUACGCCUCAUUCAAGUUUUGACUUAUGAACGCUCAUUAUCGCUUGGUGUUUGGGCGAACGAUUUGAUUUCUUUUCUUUUAACUGAAAUAAUUGGAGAUGAAGAACCAGAAUGGAUGCCAUAUUGCACUGCGAUUUUAUGUAAUUUGGCUUCAAGAUCAAAAUCAGUUUGUCAGCGGAUAAGAAAUUCAAGCUCUUAUAAAGCCUUCAGUCAAAAAAUAUUAAAAUUGCUUGCUCACGAUUCUCGGAUGGUUGUUGUUUCCUCUUUGAUUCUUGUUGGGUAUUUGGAAGAAAGGUUGCGAGAUACAGUUUUCCGUUCUCGUAAUAUUCCACAGACUUUUCAAUGCGUAUUUAACGUCCUAAUUCUUGGUGAUUGUUUAAUGACGCGGCAUAUUGCAGCCGAUCUUUUAAAAAGACUUGUUGUUAGCGACAUCCCUACGGUUUCUUCCACUCCUCAAAUCACCGCAAUGGGCAAAGAUCUUACAAGUUAUUCAUUUUUUCAACAUUCUAUUGAGAUGUUAGCUGGUUUAUUUGUGAAAAUGGAUCCGAAAUCUGAAGAAUCACUAAAAAUAUAUGAUAUAUUUUUAUCAUUUUGUUCUCUUCCGCAAUUAGUUUCUCCAACAGCUUUGGCUGUUUUAAAAAUUCCUGCAACAGAACAGCGAUUUACUACACCAAUUCGAUCUAUUUGCUCCACUUCACAGAUGUCCUUUAUUGAUGCUAUUGUGCCAGAAGUGCCUCUUAAGGCUAUUCGACUUCUGCGAUAUUUGUUACAGGAAUGUAUUGAAAGUGGUGACCAUAUACAGAAUUAUGUUCCGCAUGAAAUCAUUUUAACUCUUGUUGAAGACUGUCUGAAAACAGCCGUUGAGACAAACAGUCAAUAUGUAGCGUUUCAGUGUGAUCGUAUAAAUGAAGGUCUUCGAUUGGUUGGAGUUAUUGCUAGUGAUGAUGAAAUGCGAUCUGAUAUUUUGGAUGUUGUUUCUGCUCCUUUAUGCUCCCAUCUCGUUGAAUCACAAAUGAUCUCAAAUCCAGUAGUCGCAUUUAUGAGUCGUCCCGUAGUUCAACGAAUUGAACCACUUGCGGAAUGGAGUGCAAAUGGGGUAACAACUGUAUUAGAAUUAUUGAAAGUAUUGGCUGAUUUGAAAGAUUAUUCCAAAUUACAUAAGGAUCAAUAUUGGAAACUUCUGAAGGAUGAAAGGCUUGUUCCAUUUGUGGCCUAUGCAGUUGCUUAUGGCGAUCAUCGUAUGAUUUGCGACGCUCUUCUUUUAUACACUCAUUGUGCUCAAGUCCAUGCAUUUCCAACUAAAUGGUUAAGUGAUCUUAUUGCAAGUUGUGUGUCUUUCAAAUCCAAUGAGUUAUUGACUAGAUCUUGUGAUUCACAAUCGCUGCAAUUAAAAUCGGAUUUUGCAAAGGAUGACAGAAUUUUUAAUGGUAGUGAAAGAAGGACGCCAGACAGUCUUAGCUCUGCAAACAUCGAAGAAGUUGGAUCUAAAAUUACGGAUGAUAUGGUGAAAGAUCCAAAUAUUUCUCAAAUUGUCAGCUUGUAUGAGCGUAAAAUAAAUUUGUUAAAAAUUCGUGAGAAAGAAUUGGAAAAUUUGUUGGCAAGAAAAGAUGAAUCGCUAAAGCAAAGUGAACGCUUGCGAUUAGUGGGUAAUAUUGACGUGAAUGACAAUGAGGUUUGCUUUUUAGUAAUUAAAACUCUUCGUCAAGUGAUCAUUGAUCAUGAGAAAAAGGUCAUUGAUUCGAGAGCUUUAAUAAUGACAUUGCGUUCAGAAAAGAAAGAAUUAGAACAACUGUAUAAAACACUGAAGGAUUCUUUUGAUGCAAAGACAACAGAAACUGAGGUUCUAGCUGAUGAAUUAGCUAAGGUUAAUCAAGAAAAAGCUGUGUUAUUGGAGGAAAACGAAAGUGAAAGAGAAUUUUCUAUGCUUACUAAGGCUCGAUAUGAUGAGUUGAAAACGAAAUUCGAUCAGACAUCUUCCACUCUAAUCGAAAAGGACCUUGAAUGCAUAAAGUUAUCAAAUGAUAUUGCAACAUUUAAAAGCGAUCUUUCGGAGAAAAAUGCAGAGAUUGAAGAUCUUUCGGAAAAAUUGCAAUCAGCUCAAGUAAAAUGUGACGACCUGGAGAAGUUGUAUGAAACACGGAUUAAAAAUCUCCAGAACGAGUUAUUGGACCAUUCUCAACAAGUUGAGAAGUUGAAAAAGGAACUUGAAAAAGUUUCGAAAUUUAAAGAUCAAAUGUUACGCAUGAUGAAUGAAAUAUGA